AUGAAGACUCAUACUUUUUUAUUUUAUGUGCUUAUAGCAAAUUCACUAAUAUUGGCGCAAAAACCGAAAAAAGCGAAGAAGGAAGUAAAUGAAAGACUUCUUCGAAAAUGGGCGAAAGCAAAGGCUGCUCGCCAAGCUACAGGAGCUUCAACUACAGCUACAACGAUGUCGGACUCUAGUUCAACGGAAAACAAUCAAACGAGUACAGCCGCAGCAUCAACAACAGCAACAACGACAUCGACAAUGACGACAAGAAUAACAACUGAAAGAGCUCAAACAACAAUAAAACCAACGACAACAGAAAGAGCAUCAACGACAUCAUACCAAAGAGUUGUCAGAAAAUCGACCGCAGCGGCUCAAACAUUGAAUGGUAUAAUAAUGUCCCGAUUCAACAACCCCAUCGCCAAAUAUCUCCAAAAGCACCUUCGUCAAACCGGCACUGUGACCCCUCAAACCACCCUAAGUCCUCCCAAAACACAAAUUUUAACAGCUGAGUACGACGGAUUCCCACCCGUCUUUCUCAAAUCCUCUUCAACCCCUAGUUUUCAUUCCGUUGACAUUUCCUCGCUCGACAUGAGCGCCUAUCCACCUCAGAAAGUCCUCUUUUCCGAGAAAAACUCGACCAACAAAUUCGAAAUCAAGCUUUGGGAUACCAUUCCUUUCAAUACGGAACGCGAAGUCCCAGAUGAUGGAUUGGUUUGCUACGCUUGCCAGAAUGCCCUAACUCAUGAAGAAUGCAAUGUGAAUAAGAUCAAAUGUAACACAAGCCAAAAGGCUUCAUGCAUGAUUGAGAUUCGAAGUGGUGGCCCUGGACAACCCGAUUUGAUCAGCAAAGGAUGCAAACAGGUGGUCGCAUGCAUCAAUAAUAACAAGAAUCCAAACAGCCACAAUUGCUGCUGUGAGGGACGGACAAACGAAUGCAAUCGUAACGGCACGACAUGCGCCAAUUCCAAUCUCAGUCCGAUCACGCUGAAAAAUGGCCGAACAGUGACCCCAAGGUUCAAAUCUUUUGCGUCGAAGACCGCGGCGAAGUGGGGUCCUUGGUUAAAUUGGUCAGGAUGUUCUCAAUUGUGCGGGGGAGGAAUCAGAAGACGGCGACGAAUGGGUUACGGCCCUGGUGCAAACUUCGAAGAAGAAGUAUGUAACGACACACCAUGCAAAGAUGGCGAGGACCCUCACGAUAUCAUGGCAUCCCUGCAAAACAAAGUCCUUAACUUUUUACGUUCCGACGCUGGCGGCAGAAAUGUCCGACAAUGGGAAACAUGGGAAAGUUGGGGUCCAUGUGGCACAAAAUGUGGCCGAGCAUUCCGAGAACGAACCCGGACUUGCCCAGAAGAAGACGCCUGUCCCGGAAGCGACUCACAGCGGGUCGCUUGUACUGCCAUCUGGGGAUGCAACAAUAACAAUAGAAUAAGCAAACUCAAAGAGCUCCAAUCUCAAUUUUCUCCUUGGACGUCGUGGCUUCCAUGCUCGAAAUCAUGCGGAAUCGGAACCGAAACGCGAACAAGAACAUGCAUUGCUGCGAGAUGCAAUGGAUUCUUGGAGCAAACGCGAAAUUGUAACUCACAACCUUGUCAAGGCCCUCAAGUCCAUCUUAAAACCGUCGCGGGAGAGUGGAGCACAUGGAAUGCCUGGAGCGAAUGCUCUGUUUCCUGCAAUGGCGGUAGCCACACUCGAACACGAAAAUGCAUAGGCGGUGAGUGCGUGGGAGAGUCGACCGAAGAAUUGCCUUGUGGAGAAGAGCCGUGUGCUCGAUGGAGCGAGUGGUCAAGUUGGACAGAUUGCUCAAAAGACUGCGAUGGAGGAUUUACUAAAAGAGAACGUCUGUGUUCAGGAGAAGGUAGCUGCGAAGGAACAGAUUCUUGUGGCUCUGGUGGAAGUUCAUCGCGCAAAAGAUCGUGUUCUUCCGGAGAAGAAGAUGACUGCACUGGUAGUUUUUCGGAAACAAAGAAUUGUAACCUCGGUCCAUGCGCUCAUUACUCGCCGUGGUCCGUUUGGUCUGAGUGCGACUCCCUUUGCGGUGGUGGAAUCACGAAGCAGGCUCGAACGUGUGUCGGCAUUGGCGCGUGUGAAGGACCUGAUAUAAAAGAGCAAAGUUGUAAUGAAGAUCCUUGCUUGGGCUGGGCCAGUUGGUCUAGUUGGACGAGUUGCUCGGAGCCAUGCGGUGUGGAAGGAACAAGAGAUAGGCAAAGAGAAUGUGAAGGAUUACCGGAGCUCUGUAAAGGAGAAUCAUCGGAAAACGAAAGCUGCUUUGUCGGCACUUGUGCUGAAUGGUCAGACUGGCUCGAUUGGGGCUCAUGUUCUUCACUUUGCGACGGCGGUAAAAGAGAACGGUCUCGCAUCUGCACUGGUAUCGGGGAGUGCGAAGGAAGCGCAACCAACACUGACGACUGCAACAUUGAACGCUGCGCAAUUUGGUCAGAGUGGAGCGAUUACGGACCUUGCUCAACUACGUGCGGCAUCGGAGAACGAGUUCGGGAGCGUUCAUGUGAUGGAAUCGGUAGCUGCUCUGGCAAUGAUACUCAAAUCAGUGACUGCUCUUACGGCGAGUGUGCUGACUGGUCGGAAUGGGCCGCUUGGACAGAAUGUUCAAAAUCAUGUGGAGAUGGACUCAAGUCUCGAUCGAGAGAUUGUUUUGGUCUCGGAGAUUGCAAAGGCAAUAAUCAGGAUACAGAAGUGUGCAAUAUGGGACGAUGUGCAUUUUGGGCUGAUUGGCAAGAGUGGGGACAAUGUUCUCAAGAAUGUGACAUAGGAAAACGAGCAAGAAUCAGAUCAUGUGACGGAAUCGGCGAGUGCCAUGGAGAAGCAUCCGAAAAUGAAAACUGCAAUACUGGUCCAUGCGCAUAUUGGGACCAUUGGGGCUCUUGGAGUGCUUGUAGUGCGUCUUGUGGAGACGGUCUUCGGCAACGAAAGAGAGACUGCUUAGGCGUUGGAGAAUGUGAAGGAUCUACGUCUGACUUGGAGGCUUGUGACAUUGGCGCGUGCGCAGAUUGGGCGGAAUGGAACACGUGGGGAAGAUGUUCAGCUUCCUGCGGUGGUGGACAAAGAGUGCGGGAAAGAAAUUGUAUUGGACUUGGAGAAUGCAAGACUGGAGAUCAACGACAACAAGGAAUUUGCUCAAUUCAGUCAUGCGAAGUUUAUGGGUUGUGGGCUGAAUGGAGUGCUUGCAGCGCGUCAUGUUCGACUCCGGACACCUUUGCCACACAGUCUCGCUUACGUCCAUGUCUAGUGGAAGAUAAGUGUCUUCCACAAGAACUUCUGGAAUCGCAAAAGUGUCCAGGGAGUCCUCCUUGUCCCACCUGGUCGAUUUGGUCUGACUGGUCUCAGUGCUCAGAAACAUGCGGAAUCGGACAGCGCAGCAAGGCCCGGGAGUGUCUCUAUGGCGACGAUUGUGAAGGAGAUAUCGCUGAGUCGGAAUCGUGCUCGGACGGAGACUGUCCUACUUGGACAGAUUGGCUAGAAUGGAGUGCCUGCUCAGAAACUUGCGGCGAAGGCUCGAGAUUCAGGAAUAGAAUCUGUCAAUUUGGACACGAAGAAGACUGUGACGGAAACUCUGUAGGAUCAGAAUCUUGCAACGUCAGAGAAUGUCCUAUAUGGUCAGACUGGGAAACAUGGACAAAAUGCUCAAAAUCUUGUGGUAAGGGACAAAAGCUUCGGCAGCGAGUUUGCAUAAAUGGAGAAGCCGGAGAAGAUUGCCUCGGAUCAGGUUUCGAAGAACUUGAGUGCAGUACUGAAAAAUGUCCUUUCUGGGUUGACUGGAUGCCGUGGUCUGAAUGUUCGAGCUCUUGCGGAACAGGAAUCAAAGCGAGAAAACGCCGCUGCCGUGGUGGUCGCCCGGAAGAGUGUGGAGGAAAUAAUGACGAAGAGAUUCCAUGUAACACGAGAAAAUGCCCUGAAUGGACGACAUGGGAGGAGUGGAAUAGUUGCAGUGCAUCAUGUGGUGGUGGAAAUCGACAACGAAGGAGAAAAUGUCAGUUUGGAGCUGACUGUGAAGGUUCUGCCAUGGAAACUGAAGCUUGUAAUCCAGAUCAGUGCCCAUAUUUCGAAGAAUGGUCAGAAUGGACGAAAUGUUCUGCUUCCUGCGGGUCAGGGAACAGGUCUCGCUCGAGAGAUUGUGUGGGAGAACUUUGCAGCGGAGAAAAAGAACAAACAGAAAAAUGCAUGGAAACCAAAUGCCCAUCUUGGUCGACUUGGCUUGAUUGGUCGAACUGCGGUGCUAGCUGCGGAAAUUCUACUCAAACAAGAGAGCGUAACUGCUUGUAUUCAACCUCUUCGAAAUCAUGCGAAGGAACAUCAUCCGAGUCUCAAGACUGCAUUAUCGCUCCUUGUCCUUAUUGGGCCAAAUGGGCAGAAUGGACCCCUUGCACCGUUUCCUGCGGAGGCGGAAGGCGUCGUCAAUCCCGCGGAUGCAUGCACGGUCCUGGAUGUGAAGGAGGUUCUAGUAACGCUUUCAAAAUUGAGCUUUGCAACACAGACUCUUGUUCGAACUGGUCAGAAUGGUCAGAGUUUGAUUCUUGCUCUGCUUCAUGUGGUGGUGGAAUUCAGAAACGCUACCGAUCCUGCGAGGGUGGCGAUGAUUGUGAGGGAAAAUCAAUGGAGACCAACUCUUGCAACCAAGUUCCUUGUCCGAAAUGGUCUGAAUAUUCUGAUUGGUCUCCUUGCUCGUCUUCUUGCGGCGAAGGAAUAAAGUCUAAGAAAAGAUCGUGUGAAAACGGCGAUGAUUGUGAAGGCGAAAGCACAAUAAGCGCCGACUGUAAUCUUGGCCCGUGUGGGCAAUGGUCGGAGUAUGGAAGUUUUGGUGAGUGCUCGAAAUCAUGCGGCGGAGGGCUGAAAUCAAAGACAAGAACUUGCAUCGGCGGUGAUGACUGCGAAGGAAAAAGUGAAAUAACAGAAAAAUGCAAUAGAAACGCUUGCCCGUUUUGGUCAGACUGGAGCGAACCGAGUCCCUGUAGUGCUACAUGUGGUGGCGGAGAGAGCACGCGUAAACGAUGGUGCAAAAAUGGACUAACAAAGGCUGACUGCAACGGUCCGAGCGAAGAAAUCACAAAUUGUGGGACAAACGCCUGUCCAACCUGGGGAGAUUGGUCAGCGCCUGGUGAGUGCUCAGUCACUUGUGGUGGAGGAUUUGCUUCACAGUCACGUCAAUGUAAUGGCGGUAUCGCCGGAGUAGACUGCAUCGGCGAAUUGUCAAACGUCGUUAAUUGCGCGGAUAUACCGUGUCCGACAUGGUCUAAUUGGGGAGACUUUGGCUCAUGUUCAUCUUCAUGCGGCGGCGGUAUGCGCUCAAGAUCACGUACCUGUGAAAACGAAACAUCCACUGGCAAGUGCACGACUGGAGAAGCAACAGAGGAGAGCGACUGCAAUACAAGUCCGUGUCCUAGAGUAGGAGAAUGGUCGGAUUGGUCAGAAUGCUCGGCAACUUGUGGCGGUGGCGAGCAAAAUCGAGCUCGGUCAUGCAUGUUCGGUAGUAGCUGUACUGGAGACAAGUUAGAAACGCGAAAAUGCAACAAAAACCGCUGCCCAGAAUGGUCUGAAUGGGCUGGUUUUGGAAUUUGCUCUGCGACAUGCGGCGGCGGAAAAACUUUCCGCUCACGAAGUUGCCAGUUUGGAGAUACUUGUCCUGGAAAGAGUUCUGAGACUGUAUCUUGCGCAGACGAUCCUUGCCCUUCCUGGAGCGAGUGGUCUGACUAUUCUGAGUGUUCGGUGUCAUGUGGUGCGGGCGAACAGCAAAGAUCAAGAUCAUGUCAGAAUGGAUACUCCUGUAUGGGAUCAGCAAACGAUUCUAGAGAGUGCAAGCGAGGUCCAUGUCCUGAAUGGGAAGCUUGGACAAAGUUCUCAGCCUGUUCAAAAUCAUGUGGCGGUGGAAUCUCGACAAGAACCAGAAAAUGCGCAGACGGGGUGGAAGGAGUCGAUUGCUUAGGAGAAGCAGAAGAGCAAGUCGAAUGCAAUACAGAGCCAUGUGCUGAAUGGACAAAAUGGACAGAGUACUCCUCCUGUAGUGUCUCAUGCGGUGGCGGCAUCAAAACAUCCACGCGAAAGUGUAGUGGUGGCGAUUCCUGCGAAGGGAGAAGUGAGCGCAGCCUGCCUUGUGGAAGCCAGGAUUGCCCAACUUGGUCGAGCUGGACUACAUAUGGAGAAUGCUCCGUCACAUGCGGCAAAGGAGAGAAAUCAAGAGGGAGAACUUGCAAAAACGGGGAUGAUUGCCCUGGUCCGAAAAUUGAAACGGCUUUUUGUGAGCUUGCUCAAUGCGGGCCAGUUUAUACCGAGUGGGCAUGCAAAAGUGGAAAGUGUAAGGGUCUACUUUCGGAGAAGGUUGAAUGCUCUGAAAGUGUCUGUUCUCGGUGGGAUGAUUGGGAAGCUUGGAGCACGUGUACGGCCACUUGUGGCGGUGGAAUGCAUUACAGACAGCGUCAAUGUAUCGGCGGAGGUUGCCAAGGAAUGCCCAUGGCCUACGAGCCAUGUAAUACAGACGCGUGUGAUGCUGGUUGCGCUGGACCAAGGGAUGUUCUUUUUGUCGCUCAUUACACCACCUACAUGGGGUCGACCUUUGGUGACAUUUCCUCCUUCUUCGAAAACAUCAUCAGCACAAUCAACGUGGAACCAUCAUCAUCAUCCAUUCGAUUCGCAUUUUCUUUUUAUAAUCACGCGUAUGUCGAAUUCUUUGCCUUUGACUGGCUCAAGAGCAUUGACGAGUAUCGAUGGGCCUUUUCGUCAUUUCCACCGGCAACCGGAAACUCUAACUAUAUCGGAAAGGCUCUCAAGGGAGCAACUGACACGAUGACUCCAGCCUUCGAAAAGGGCCGAAGACUGGAUACUGUAGGGACCGUUGUGCUUUUGACCAACGCUGUCAGUAACGAUGAAGUCGAUGAUAUGGCCUCCCAACUCAAGGAAAAAGUCGAUCGGGUCAUCGUGGUUGGCUUAGGAUACGCUUACGGUCGCGAUGAGCUGACCGGAAUCGCAUCAAUCCGAUCGAAGAAAAUCUCUAUACAGCAGAAGAAUCCUCCGACCUCGCAGGGCUUAAAAGCAGGAUGCGAGCAAGAAUGCCGAUCAGAGUAUUCUGGGGCAACUUGUUGGUGCUCAAAGGGCAUUUUGAAUGAGGAUGGAAGAUCCUGUCUAGCUGGAUGCAUCGAUGCUGAUGCAAACACGAUUCGAACUCCUGGGGAAACUUGGGAAGUCGAGGGAAUGUUUGGCAUGACCUGUACCUGUCUAGAAUCCGGCGAUACGGACUGCACCUUCGGCGCCUACGAUUUCUACAACUACGGUGGUUGGUAA